AUGAGCGAACGAUAUCCAAAUAGAUGGAGAGAAAGAGGUAGAGGUGGACGUGGUCGUGAAGAUUACAGGGACAAUAGAAGGCAGGAAUUCGACAGAUCAUACUCGACAUAUCCUACAGUAAGAGGUUCACGAGACGGUAGUUCAGAAAACUUAACAGGCUAUAGAGAUGAUAACUGGGAAGGGGGAAAAAUGAACGAUCAGGAUAGAGAGAAAGGAGUUCCAGCAUUUGGUGAUAGACGUUCUUGGAGAAGUGGAAACUAUGAUCGUUAUGAUUUUAAAGAUAGGGGUGAAAGGCAGGAGAAGGGCGAUGAAGCCCAGUCCGGAAUAAGGCCAUACAUUUCACAACAGAGAAAUUCUUACACAAGACGUGGAGGAUAUUACAGACCAUCAUAUGGACAGCGUGGGAUGAAGGGGUUUAAUGACAAUUAUAGGAAGGGUGCGCCAAUGAAGGAAGCGGUUGGAAAUAAAACAUCCAUCAGGGGCUCAAACGAAAAUCAUUGGGUCACCAGGCUCAAUUUGAAGGGGGAAAUGAGAAAAGAUAUUUCCAGAUUAUUUGAAAGACUCGAAAGCAUAAAUAAAUCAUUACAGAAGGAAUCAUCAAGAAAGAUAAUUGCGGAGACCGAAGUCGAAAAGUACAACCGGUUUGCACAAAGUGAGAAUUUGAAAUGUCAGUUGAUGGAGGAGAGACUUGAAGCUUUUGAUUUAGCGUGA